AUGAAGAACACUGUGAAGAAUAUUGUAAAAUCUCUCAUUUUACUUGAAGUUGCCAUCCCAUUCAUACUUUUAACGUGGAAAAAUCAGGCUUAUAAUGAUUUGGACAUAUGUGUUACAGGAUUAAAUAUAAAUGUUUAUUCAAUUAGAGAAUAUAUUAUAAGAACUCAAAGAUUAUUAGCAAGAGGUGCAAAAAGAAGGGAUUCAAUAAUUGCAGGUUCAACUGGGAGUUUAUUAUCGAAUUACCAAAGUGAGAAUGGAGAAGCAUUAGAGUAUGAUCACCAGUCGUCACAAUAUGGUGAAGAAAAUUAUUAUAAUCAGUCAUCACGACAUGAUUUAGAAAACUAUUGUGACCAGUCAUCACGACAUGAUUUAGAAAAUUAUAGUGACCGGUCAUCACGACAUGAUAUAUUAGGUUAUGAUGAUCUACCAUCCCAAUACGAUGUAGAAGAUUAUGAUUACAUAAUAAAAGAUUCGAAAGUAAGUAUCAAUUCAAAAUACGGAUCAUCAUCAAGGAAUGAUGAAUUAUUUAAAGGACAAGGAGAAGAUAACAGUCUUAAAAAAAAAAGAAAACCCUCUAGUGUAAUUGAAAAGGAUGGAAACUAUAGAGAGAAUGAAAUAUUUGAUUCAUUGAGUUCUUUUGACAAAUAUGAAGAAUAUUAUCCAGUGGAUAAAAGAACUAUGAAAAAUCUUUUAAGUCAAAAUCCAGCUACAAAUGUAAUUGUAGAACGAGGCUUAGCAGCAGCAUUACCAAUAGCUGUGGCAUUAAUGGCUUUAUAUCCCCCUCUUAUAUUUUGUCUUUUUGGUGGUUACACUUAUGUAACGAUACGAUGUAUUCAUAAAAGCAUAAAUAAAAAUAAUCAUUUGAAUUUAAUAAUUAGAUUUAAUAUAUUAAAAUACAAAUGCAUAGUUUUGAAUUACUUAAAACCUUUUUACCUUAAAUAUAUUUUAAAAAUAACAAAUUCCUAUAUAUAUCUGUAUAUCUAUGUUUUAUUAAGAAUAUGUGCAUGA